AUGUCCUACCAGCAGCAACCGCCUCCCCAGGGAUACUACCCUCCUCCUGGUGGCCAGUACCCUCCUCCCCAGCCCAUGCAAUAUGCGCCUCCCCAACAAGAACCCUCCAAGGACCGUGGCUGCUUGACCACCUGUCUCAUCACAAUGUGCUGCUGCUUCCUCUGCGAGGAAUGGUGCGAGUGCUGUGUCGAAGCGGCCGAAUGUUGUUGUUGUGGUUGUUAG